GACCCAGGCAGCGAUAGACUAUCUAAAGUCGAUGUUGAUGCUCAAACAAAUGAAAAUGAUACAUUAAAUUUGGAAAAAGACCAAUGGGCUAAAAAGAAUGACGGUAAUGACUUUGAAAAUAACGAGAAAACAAAUGAACUAUUGCCUGAUUCGCAAGUUGUUGGCACUGAUGAUCAAUUUUCAAUUGACAAUAUGAACCAACCUGAUAAUGAACGCGUUAAUGACAAUCGACAAUCAAUCAAUGUUAUCUCCGGAAUGCUUGAACAAACGACCCUAGCAAACAAUAGUACACAAGCCGAUGACAUCGGAUCUAUUCAAGAUAAUGAUAAUGAUGUAAGUAAUGAAGAUUCACCAGGAUGGUUAGAAUGUGAAGAUUGCUACGGAAAUAAAAAGGAAUUAUGUGAAUAUUGUGUUUGUUCCGUAUGCAAAUGGAAAGGUGACAGAGGUUACAUCCUCUUGUGUGAUGGUUCUUGUGGCAAAAAUUUUCAUACUAGAUGUUUAAACCCUCCAGUUACAAGAAUUCCUCCUGGAAAUUGGUACUGUAAGGAGUGUGAAAAUGGUAAUUCGAAGAAAUCGAAACGUAAAAAAAUACGAAUUGAAUAUUCAAGUUCAGAUGAAAUUGAUAAUCAAAGUGCAAAAAAAAUCAAAAGAUUGAAAUCAAAAAGUAUUAAAAAAUAUAAGGCAAAACAGGAUAUUUCAGAUUCUGACGAUGAAAACA